AUGAUGUCGCCUACCCGGCAGCAGUCAAUCGCCACGAGAGACUGCGACGUCGAAAACAAGUUUGUCACGAUCGUAUCGGAAGACAAUGUCGGCAAUACCUGGAAACGAGAUGACCUUCCCGCAGACCCUUCAACUUGCACGUUUUGGUGUGCCGUUGCUAUCGGGGCACUCGCGGAGGGCCAUCCUAUCGAGUCGGUAGCGCACUACUUCCGACGAGCGAAGGCGGCAUUAGCAAGUUUCACAGGCCCGACCAACAUGGAGGUUGCAAAGGCGUGGACGAUACUGGGGUACCUCUACGCCUUCUCGGGAGAUGUGGAGAAGUUUUGCGACUAUCUGGCACUCUCGGACAGCUUUAUCCGCGACUCCGCAGAGAGAGGGUCACGAGAUUCGCUCCCAGUGGGUUAUGCCGAGAUCGUCGAGCACGGAGAAGCGACCAAGCUAUUCACUGGGCGAGCCAACUCCGAAGAGAUCGAGUCCUUCCUCGCUCAAGAAAUUUCAUUUCCAACAAUAUCCCAAAUUGCAACCGAAGCGCAAGUAUCUCAGUUUGUCCUGCAAUCCUCCGUAGUAACCAUGAACCGAGCCCUGCGCAAGCAAGGGGCAGGGGUAGCGUGGGCAGGCGGGGAUGACGGUGAACCCAGCGACGACGAUGCGUCGAACAUACGAGGCGUCGGCGGUGGUUUCGGCAGCGCUCGUUCCCGCUCCGCUGCCUCUGAUUGCGCCAGCGUGAUGCAAUCAACAAUGAUGGGAAUUAUGCCUGACUUUGGAGCCUGUGAAGACGCGGCGGAGAGGUGA